AUGAGUGACGAUGAAGAAAAAGAAUUUAAGCAUAAAUAAAGAUAGACUAAGCAACAAUUAUAUUAGUUCAUUUAAAGAGAUGAGUUUAAUCUGAUCAUCGAUUGUACUAAUAUGUCACUUAGUUUCAUUCUAAUAUUUGCUUAUAUUUAUUCAACUUAUGAUCCUUAUCCAUUUCAAAAUGCAACAUGGGCAGUCUUUAACACGAUAUUUCAUUUAAUACUUUUAAGCGAAUGGAUUUUUAAAUUAUAUGCUACUAAACAUUUCUAAUCAUUCAUUAUCUCUUCGGAAUCAAUUAUUGCCACCUUAUCAUUGUUUCCUUAUUUUAUCAUUAAACUUUCCACUCUCAAAUUAUUUAUUGAGGAUGAUGACAAAGUCAAUAUGUUUGCUAAUUUAGUUUGUUUAUUCAGAGGACUAGAAUUUGACAGAAUGAAAAAAUAUUUAGAUUCAGAGGUCAAUAAAUAAUUAACAUCAAUCAUGAUUACAACUGCUACUUUGGUUCUCUGUGCAGCAGGUGCUUUGCAUUUUAAUUCACUUUUUUUAGAGUCAGAAUUGCAUUUUAAAUUUCAUUACUUUAUCUAUUUUGUCAUGACCACAAUUUCAACAAUGGGUUAUGAAAAUAAAUUUUCUAGUGCAAUUUCAAGAGUCUUAAUAAUUAUUCUAGUCUUAUUAGCAUUAACUUUUGUACCUUAUCAAACUGGAUAACUAAUUCGUCAUCUUAGCUCUAAAUCAUAUUAUGCUAGACUAAAUUAUAAGUCAAGCCAAGCAGUUCCUCAUAUUGUAAUUCUAGGAACCAUCUCACUUAAUGCAGCAGAAAAUUUUUUUAAAGAAUUAUUUCAUGAGGAUCAUGGAUUAGCAUAAAAACAUGCAAUAAUUUUAUCACCAUAAAGACCAGAUGUAAAUCUAGAAUCACUUAUACAGCAACCAGAAUAUUCGAAUGUUAUUUAUAUUUAAGGUGAUCCUCAUUUAGAUAAGGACUUAAAAAGGUGUCAAAUAGAAAAAGCAAAAGCUAUCAUUAUAAUGUGCAAUAAAUAAAGCUCAGAUCCAACAGCAGAAGAUAGUAAGACUAUUCUUUUAGCUAUUGUGAUUAAAAGCUAUUUAAAAUAACACAAUACCACAGGUAUAAAAAUUAGAUUUUGUAUGUAGAUAUUGAGACAAGAAGGUAAAACACAUUAUUUUUUAUCUUUAAAUAAAUAAACCAAAUUUGAUUAAGUAAUAUGCAUAGAAGAAUUAAAGAUGUCUCUUCUUGCAAAAUCAUGUUUGUGUCCAGGAUUAAUAGCAUUUAUCUCUAAUUUAAUUGCAUCUUCUGGAAAUCCUCCAAAUCUUCCUCAAAAAUGGUUAAACGAAUAUUGGAUUGGAUAAGGAUUCGAAAUAUAUAAAACAUUGUUACCAAAUUUUUUUAGGGGAAAAUCAUUCACUCAAACUGUUUUAAUUUUGUACAAAUAAUUUUAAGUUAUACUCUUCGGAAUUGAAAUCUCUUCUCCUAAUGAUUAUGAAAAAAAUUUAUUAAAUCCAGGAGAUAUAAUUUUACCUUCAAAUCCUAAUUAUAGAGUGAUGGGAUAUAUCAUUUGUAAAGAUAAAGAAACUGCAGAUGAAAUUUCCAUAUAUAAAUAAAGUAACCAAGAUAAAAUUAAUUAAAUAAAAUCAGAUGGAACAACCAGGAGAUUAUUAGAAUCUGAAGAGACAGUUAAUAUUCGACCAAGAAGACCAACUAUAUUUCAAAAUGUGAAAACUCUGUUUGGUUUUUCUUAAGCCGAAUCUGAUUAAAAAAAAGCAACUGCUGCUAAUAAUCAAUCUAAAAAUGUAAUAUUACAUUUAAAAAAUCAAAGAGGUUGGGUUAGGACUGAUAUGUUUGACCCAAGUUAAGAUACUUUAAUUCAUCCAAAAGAAAAUUAAAAGUUCGAUUAAUUAUAAGAAAUUGAAGAAAAUAGUGAUGAUUAGUAAAAAGAUAUUGCAGAAAUGUAGAUUAAGGAGAAAUUUUAAAAAGAAACUGCAAGAAAUUGGCUUUAACUUGAUUUUAAUAACAAUAAAAUUGAAAAGACUAGCCAUUUGACAAAUGAAAAGGUUGGACUCAAAGAUGUAACCUUUAAGACAUUAUAAGAUUCAAUUUUAGCUUAAAAUCAUGUUAUUCUUUGUGGUCUUGUAGCUAAUUUAAUCAAUUUUAUCUUACCAUUAAGAUCUAAAUAUUUAAUUACUUAUCCUCCAAUUGUAAUUUUAAAUGAUUAGGAGCCCACUGAAAAAUAAUGGGCUUAAAUUUGUUAUUUUCCAGAAAUAUAUUUUGUUAAAGGAACAGCAAUGAGUUAGAGAGAUUUAAUAAGAGCUAAUAUAGAGUAAGCUGUAAGAGUUGUAAUUCUUUCACCUAAAGAAAUAUCAACUGCAAAAUUUGAAGAUGAUUCUUAAGAAAAUGAUUAAAUAUUUCAAUAGCAAUAAUUGACUAAAGAUUAGGAGGAUUUAUUGGACGCAAAAACCAUAUUUAAAUAUCGAAAUGUCAUCAGAUUAAAACCUCACAUUUAAAUUGUUACAGAGUUUGUUUCUCCUUCAAAUAUUUAAUUUUUAUUAUUUGAUAAAGAUUAUGAUUUAAUGAAAUAGUACGGAUAUAAUCAUACACCAUUAUUUGCAUCUGGAUAGAUCUAUUUUUCUUCGGUUAUGGACGGCCUUUUAUGCCAAUCUUUUUAUAAUCCAGCUUUAGUUUAAGUUUUAUAUCAAUUGCUAGUUGGUAAUAUUAAAGAAAACGAGAAAACAGGCGCUUCUUUAGAGUACCAAUAGGGUACAGGACAAAAGUAAACAAAAGAUUAUUGUUUUGAGGAUAAAGAUAUAUCCAGUAAUUUAUUUCAAAUUCCAGUUCCAAAAGCGUUUUAAAAGAAACCAUUCUAAAAAUUGUUUUAUCAUUUAGUGAAAAUGAAGCAAAUUGUUCCAUUAGGAUUAUAUAGAUUAGGAGGAGCAACGGAUAAUAAAGUUCCUUAUAUCUGUACUAAUCCUGAACCAAAUACAAUCUUGACUAACAAAGACAUAGUUUUAGUUUUGGCUAAAGAAAUGCCUUAAUCAGACUGUAAUAAGUUUAGUUAUUCUAGCAAUUAAUUGGGGAGGACCUUUAGAGGAAAUGAUCUAGAAAUAAAGGCAAGCCCACAAUAUUUAUAAAAAAAAAGAAUCUACUUCAUCAAGUGAGGAUAAUGAUUUAAUAUAAAUAAAUGAUAAUAAUGAUAAAGAAGUUUAGAGAGAAAAGUAAUAUAAAAAUGAAACAGAGCAAGUUAUAAAAAAGAUAUAAAAUGUAAUUGAAGAUGUAUCAAAAUUAGAGUAAGAUUCUGAAGAACUAAAAUCUUAAAUGAGAUUAAGACAAGACAGAAUUUUAAAAAGGUUAAAAGAUGUCUUCAAUGAAGAAUUGAUAUAAGUCCAAUAAAAAAGAGCUGAAGUUUCGUAAAAUUUUACCUACAAAAGCUCAGAUGAUUGA